UAGUGCGCAUGCUUGGUAGUGACGUCAGUCGCUCUUACGCAGACUCCGUAAGGUUGCUGCUGUCGCGGGAGAGAGUGAGAAGAUGGCCGCUGCAGUGGAUAAGAUCCUUGGAGAGCAGUAUUACAAGGAUGCUAUGGAGCAGUGCCACAAUUAUAAUGCCAGAUUGUGUGCAGAGCGCAGCGUGCGGUUGCCUUUCCUGGAUUCACAGACUGGUGUUGCUCAAAGCAACUGUUACAUCUGGAUGGAGAAGCGGCACAGGGGUCCAGGUACAGCACCAGGGCAGUUAUACACAUACCCAUCCCGCCGCUGGCGCAAAAAGAGGAGGGCGCACCCACCGGAGGACCCCAGGCUCUCGUUUCCUUCUCUGAAACCAGACCCAGAUCAGAUGAUGAAAAAGGAAGGUCUGAUACCACAGGAUGGAAGCAGCUUAGAAGCUCUCCUUCGUUCAGACACUAUUGAGAAGCGGAUUGUGCCAGAUCCUCGUGAUGAUGACAGCCUAACUGAAUUCCCAGGUGUUGUCAGCCGGGCACGGAAGGUACAGGCCUACGGCGCAAGGCAGCGUUACGUAGCAAGUGGAGUUAUCACGCGUAUUCUGGAGCCUGAUGAUUUCCUGGAUGACCUUGAUGAUGAAGAUUAUGAAGAAGAUACACCAAAACGACGUGGUAAAGGCAAAGCAAAGGGGAAAGGCAUGGGAAGUGCCCGGAAGAAGUUGGAUGCAGCUGCUUUGGAUGAUAGAGAUAAGCCGUAUGCCUGCGACAACAGUAACAAACUAAAGCAAACUUCGAAAUUCUCCGAAAGAGUCUGCGGAAAGCGCUACAAGAACCGUCCAGGCCUGAGUUAUCACUAUGCACACUCACAUUUGGUUGAUGAGGAAGGGGCUGGAGCCGAAGACAAGGAAGAUUCCCAGCCACCCACUCCUGUUAUGCAGAGGCCAGAGGAGCAAAAAUCAAAGAAGGGUCCCGAUGGUCUUGCACUGCCUAACAAUUACUGUGACUUCUGUCUCGGGGACUCCAAGAUCAACAAGAAAACUAACCAGCCAGAGGAGCUGGUUUCCUGCUCAGACUGCGGUCGUUCGGGACAUCCCUCCUGUUUGCAGUUCACACCAGUGAUGAUGGCUGCAGUGAAGACUUACCGUUGGCAGUGUAUCGAGUGCAAGUGCUGCAACAUCUGUGGAACCUCUGAGAAUGAUGAUCAGUUGCUGUUCUGUGAUGAUUGCGACCGUGGAUAUCACAUGUACUGCCUCUCUCCACCUAUGGCUGAGCCCCCUGAAGGGAGCUGGAGUUGUCACCUAUGUCUGGAUCUUCUGAAGGAUAAAGCUUCUAUUUACCAGAAUCAGAAUUCUUGACAGGUGCAUGUAGCCUGUCAUGGUUGAGGGAUGGAAUACUGGACAUCCUGGGACCUUGAAACUAAAGAAGCUAAAUAAUUAAGAACAAUGGUGAUGGAGCAACCUUGGUUAUGUUGGGACAUCCAUUUGUGUAUAAACACAUAAAUAGCAUAAAAUUAUGCAUGUAAAUCACACAUUACUGUUUUCAUGAUGCUUUUAUGAAAAUACUUGUGUUGCCAUAGUGUUCAGGGCAUAUUUGGAUCAGUUUUUGGGUAAAGUGGAAAACCGGUGGAGUAUUUUUCAGACCGUAGCUCCAAGUUAAGCCUUAGUCUCAGUUUAAGUUUAAGAUCCUUAACAAAAACUGAUUGAAUAUCAAAUUCUCUGUAAGUGCAGUGUUCUCUAUGUGACUUAAAUCCAGGGAUGAGUGUGAUCCAAUGAAUAGCGGUCUGCAGCUCAUUUUUUUUAUUUUAAUACAUCCAGAUUAAUACCUACAAGGUAGGAGUAUGUUUUAAAGGUGUGGGGGUUAAUGCAAAAAUAUUCACUGUUACUGACCUUUUUUAUGUGAUCACUUAUGUGAAAAAAAUAAACAGAAUUAUGUUGUAGGGAGCAGCAUUAUCAAGUAUAAUAGAGUUUGAGAUUUUAAAUAGGUCAUAUGUACUCUUUGGAGAUGAUAUAAAGUAUUUUAUAAUGAAAAACCUA